AGAAUGACUCCAAAGCGAUUAAAGGAGAUUUGUAAAGAGCUCAAACUAUAUACAACUCCAGAAUUGAAUGAUGUGCUCUAUCUUCAUUUUAAAGGUUUCGGUAAGAUUGAAAAUUUGGAGCGUUACACAGGCUUAAAAGCUCUCUGGUUAGAAUCCAACGGAAUUUCCAAGAUUGAAAAUCUUGACUGCCAAACUGAAUUACGCUGCUUAUAUUUGCAGCAGAAUCUACUCACUCAACUGGAAAACUUAAGCCCACUGGUAAAUUUGGAUACUCUGAAUGUCUGUAACAAUUGCAUCAGCAAAAUUGAAAAUAUCUCAUGUCUACCAGUACUAUCAACCUUGCAAAUUAGUCACAAUAGAUUAGAGGAUGCUGACAGUCUUCGUGAACUAAGUCAAUGUGAAAAGCUAAGCGUCGCUGAUCUAUCUCAUAAUCGCAUUAAUGAUCCAGACAUCGUUAGUGUAUUAGAGCAAAUGCCAAGCUUGAGAGUACUUAAUCUUAUGGGCAAUCCUGUCAUCAGAAAAAUUCAAAACUAUAGAAAGACCAUGAUUGUUAGAUUGAAACAAUUAACCUAUUUGGAUGAUAGACCAGUAUUUCCUCGGGAUAGAGCUUUAGCAGAAGCAUGGGCAAGAGGUGGUCGAGAGGAAGAAAUGAAAGAAAGAGAAUUGUGGCAGACCAGGGAACAGAAACGAAUCAUGGAUAGUGUUAACGGUUAG